GUUCUGGCCAAGCCGGCAAAUGUGACGAAAGAAAAACCGAGUGACGUCGCGUAUUAUGUGAAAAGCGAGUGAUCUUCGAACUCGGGCAUACGAUGCCAAAAACCCUUUACAUUGUGUUUUCCAAGAACAUUUUAAAGGAUUUUCCAUACAACUGGGGCGCAAGCUGGAAGCGGCAUAUGAAGUAAUUAGAAGGCGUACUAAAAUCGCCCAUAAACGUCAGAAAGACAAACAUUUUCGCGGAAGAACAACUGCAAGACAUUGCCAACGACUUUUUCCAGGCAACAUGUUGCCGACAGACACCACCACCAUCAGCAGCAGCAGCAGUAGCAGCAUUGGCAGCAGCAGCACCAGCAGCAGCGACAACAGCAACAUCAACUGACAGCAGCAACAUUCGAGCAUUCAGUCGCAAUUCUGACGAUUGCGUGACGCGUUCGCAUCGCGGCAAUGAAUGAGAUAGAAAAUCUCAAGGCGAAAGAGAACGAAACAGUGACGAAGAUAACGUGCAAAGUUUAAAUUGAAAAUAAACAAGAAAACAAAACAAAUCGAAAUACGUAACAAAGUGUGUGCCAACUCUGAGAGAUAUUUUGGAAAAUAAAUUAGAAUAAAUUACGAAAAGGAAUUUCGGACACUGAAAGACUUCAGGAAUAAUAUAAAUUAGCAUAAUUUAGCAAGGAUUUGCCGGGACAAGCAGACAUUCGUUUCGCACUUAAUUAGUGUCUAAGAGCGUUGACAAUGUGGCAGACACUAUCAACUUUUAGCACAUCACUCAGAGUGCUAGCAACAGCAAGAGGAAGAGCAGGAGCAGGAGCAGAAACACCAGCAACUUGCAACUGUGGCAAGUUGGAAAACGCGGAAAUGCAAAGUCACAUGUUGCCAUCAUCAGCAGACAUCGCGACAACAGCAGUGCGUAGGUGUUGCUGUCGCACAAAAAUCACCCGCAGCAGCAAAAACAGCAGCAGCAGCAGCAACAAUAGUUGCAACUAUUACAGCGGCAACAUCCUGCAAUGGCUAUUGCUACUGUGCCUUUUCUGUGAUUUUGGGCAGGCGGCGCUGCGUGAUGUGAAUCUACUGGUGGAACCGCCUGCGGUACGACGGGGUCAAUCGGUAGCCCUGCGCUGCGAUUACCAAUUGGACGAAGCGCCACUGUAUUCCAUAAAGUUCUAUCGUGGCCAGAUGGAGUUCUAUCGCUACACACCGGGCGAGUACCCACACACCAAGGUCUUUCAGUUUCCCGGCAUUCGAGUGGACGAGAACGGCUCGAAUGCCACCAUGGUGCUCAUCCGCAACGUUAGCUUUGGCCUGUCCGGACAAUUCAGCUGCGAGGUUACGGCAGAUGCACCACUCUAUUCCACGGCCACCGCCUACGCCCAGAUGCAAGUUGUUGAAUUUCCAGAAAAGCGUCCGCAGCUUUUCACAGAGCACACGAGAUAUGAGCCCGGCGAUGUCUUACGGGCCAACUGCAGUACAUUGCCAUCCCGUCCUCGCGCUGAACUUCGUUUUACCAUCAAUAAUAUUCCCGUCAGCACCGAGGAAACGCAGUACAUUCGAACACUAGAGAACCUGAUUGCAUCCCGGCUCAGUCUGAAGCUGCAGCUGCAGGCGAUUCACUUUGUGGCCGGCCUCAGUGCCCAUGGAAAUGGAAAUGGUAAUGGCAAUGGAAAUGGCAAUGGCAAUGGCCUCACAAACGCACUGCACCUGGGUGGCGGCGGAGGUGGUGGUAACGGUAACGGUGGAGGAGGACUCAUCUUGCGAUGUACAGCGCAAAUUGGCGAUCUCUAUCAGGAGUACAAGGAAAUCGAGCUGGGCACACCGCAAAAGGAUCCGGUGCCGGCAAGAGUGACGCUGUCGUCGGGAACCGGACUCCGUGGCUUCUUGGAGACCUAUUUCGCCACAUCUUCGGCCCAAGGCAAUUGGCGGGCGGCGACGAGGGGCGUGGCCAUCUGCCUGGCUGCCAUGUUAACCCAACUAAUUACUGGUAGCUAAAUCGAGGAGUCAGUCGGCCGGAAUACAUGGAUGGCGAAUGGGUGUGUGUAUGGCUUAUCGAACAGCGAUGGAAAUUAGGGAGCCGUCGGCCGUAAACUGCAUUAUUUAUCUAUAUCGAAUGCAAUUUAAAUUAUACACACACACACACAUAGAGAGACAGUGCACACAGAUGAGAAGUCCAUGUGAUUCCCGGUUAAGCUCUCAAAUGCACACACAUAAACCCUAUGAAACUGUAAAUAUUUGCUUUAAUGAUGUGAACGGAUACACUUAAAUGAACUCGCACACCCACACCCACACUCACACACACACACAUACAUACAUACACGAACACGCGACUAAUUGUUAAUUAAUGGAUUAUUUAAUGAUGCAUAAAAUAUUGGAUAAAAUAUUAAUGUUUCAUUUGCAUUUAGCUUCAGCCCAAGCGAAUAUCAACUUAAUGUUUAAGUGAAGUAAAAAAAAAAAAUUAAAUCGUUGAAACGAUUGAAAAAAGUUUAAAAAAAAAAACACAUAAAAAUGUAAACAACUGAAAUGCCAAUGUCAAGACAAAACCAAAACCAAACAAAAACAUUCAAACCAGAAUAAACAAGCAGUAAUAAUCAACUUGGUGCGGUUUUUUUUAUUCAUUUUGGGAUUUCAUGGGUUAAAACGGGGCCUUAACAAAUGGUUUUUUACAUUACAUUUA